AUGUUGGAAAAGAGAUUGAUAGAAUCGCUGAAGGAGACUGAAGCAGCGAGCCCAGCGAUUUCGUUCUUCUCCAGGGUUGGGCCCAAUAGAAAAAAGAAGAAUAUGGAUGGAUACAAAAGAAUUUUAAGUUUUCCUAUUCCACAGCUGUUUGAUUGUCUUUUAAAUGAUGAGGAUAACGACAACAGUUUAAAAGAUGAAACAUGUAAAAUGCCGCUGUCCAUGUCACUUGUGGGUGGGAGCAUGAACGUUUGCAAGACUAGGGUUUUGAAGUUCGUGAAGGCUGGUUAUGUGUCACAAGUGGUGGCACUGUCGCAGUGCAUUAUGGUGAGCUGGAUGAUUCUGAUGACUUGGCAGAAGAGCAACUUCUUCAUACACUUCCAAAUACACAUACUGCGGACUUGUUUGCAAGCCGAGUUCUGCUCUCAGAUGUUGCGUGAAGGUCAUCAUGUAGAAGGUGACCAUGUCCAGGGUGGUCAACCCAACACUAGUCCUGGACUGUUGGUCAAAACUGAGAUUCAGCCAAUUCUUGAAUCUGAAGUUGAACAACAAUCAUCUCUUUAUCAUCAACAACACCUCCAAAGAUCAUCAAAUCCACUGCCUCAUUUGAAUUCAAACAUUCACCACUUGGGUGAUUAUAAGGGGUUGCCACCACAACUUCAGAUUUUUACACCAACAGCAACAAGCUCAAAAUCAGAAGAAGAUGAUGAUGAUGAUGGGAAUGGGAACGGGGCAACUAACACAAGAACAGGCUGCUGCUAUCAUGGCUAA